AGGAUGUUUACCUGCCGCAGGUCAUCACCACCACACGCAACAGCUCUAUCGGAGAUGUGAUAGAAGAGAUGGACGAUCACGAUGUCGACAACGUCCCUGUGCUCAAUGAAAAGAAGCGCUUGGUGGGGCUUAUGAACAGACAGGCCAUACGCGCAGUCGUCACCGGAAACAAAGCGGCGGUAAGUUAA